AUGGGUUCCGAGCGAUAUGCGUAUGCUUCCUGGGAGGAGGCUCUGCAUGAAGAAAUAGAGCCCGACUUCGGAGACAGAGAUGGUGCUUUCAAGACCAAGAACCCCAAAGAUCAACGCUGGCAAAGGCGCUUCGUUCAUGUGCAGAACAAAGAGUCCAAAUUCAGAAAGACUGUAGAGACUGUGUUGGUGGUGCAUGGUUGGAAGACCCCAAAAAUGAUAGAGCCUAUGUCGUUGAUCGUCUUGAGCGUAAGCCUCGACUGCCACAAAAAGGACUUUCGUUUCGAAUCGGUUCGGAUUUGGCUCGCCUUUGAUGAGGACCAAGGAGCAAUUCCUCCCAACUCAGAAGACGCCAAGCCGGAAGUUGUUGCGUACGCACCGUUUGUCGCACCACAGAACUGGCAUCUGUCUGAAGAAAAGAUCGAAGAGAAGACUACUAAGCGUGGGGCCUUGAGCAUUGAACAGGGUCCUAAAGCUGGACUAGAGCUUAGCAAAGAGAUUCGGCGCUCACACACCCGCACCCAUUUCGAUCGCGGCACGGCCGACUGGAUGGUUGAUAAGAACCAGAGAGCCUAUGGCGUUAACUGGUACUGCGAGCAGAAUCAUCUUGAUGAUUAUGGAGUCAAGCCUCAGUUUCACAUCGCGGUCCUUCUGAAGCGACAGCACACAAAGAAUGACAACAAACCCGUCUCGUUCAAGGGAGUGUUUGAUAUGCGUGUCGAAGCGGGCUUCCGCGUCGACUUCGAACAACUGCGUAGGCGCAUGUUUCGCGGCGGGAAGCCCGAAGACGAAGCCAUCUACUACGAUCCGAAUAUGGAUGAUCAAGUUCAUGGGAGAAACAGCGUCGGGGAAAGACUGAGGGCUAAGAUUGAUAAGAAUAACCUCGGCGAAUUGAUGGGAGGACCUGAUGGCAACUGGCUGAGUGGAAUAGUAGAUUCGAACGGGGAUAUUUCAGGACUAGACCCCUUAGCUCCAAAGACGGAUUGA